AUGCAUCGCGAAAGACUUAAUGAGUUUGUACGUUUUUCAAUGAGUUUCACUCAAAUGGAAGGUUUGGUCAAAGGGGUGAAUAACACAUUUAUUGUUCUUAUUCCUAAGGUGGACGUUCCUUUGAGCAUAUCUGACUACAUACCUAUUUCUUUGGUUGGUUGUAUUUAUAAGGUUUUGGCAAAGGUGCUAGCAAACUGGUUGAGUAAAGUGAUUAGUAAUGUGAUUUCUGUCAACCAAUCAGCUUUUGUGAAGGGUCGUCAGAUUCUUGACGCAGAAGGGUUGAAUGCAAUGGUGAAUGCUUCAGUUCUUGUAAAUUUGUUUUUAGGCUUUUCGGUUGAGGAGGAUGUACUGUAUAAGGUCACCUAUCUGCAGUUUGCUGAUGAUACUCUUGUGGUGGCCGAGAAGAAUUGGGCAAAUAUCCGAGCUAUAAAAGCUAUUUUGCUAUUGUUUAAAGUGAUGUCAAGCUUAAAAGUUAACUUUCAAAAAAGUUUAUUGGCUGAGGUGAAUGUUUCUGAUCCUUGGUUGGAGGAGGCCGCUAGUGUGUCACAUUGUAAAAUUGGAAAGACCCCUUUUAACUAUCUCGGUUUGCCUAUCGGGGGUAAUCCUAGAAGACUAUCGUUCUGGAAACCUGUCAUUGAUAAAAUUAAAUCUCGAUUGUCAACCUGGAAGUGUAGUAAUAUGUCUAUGGGGGGUCGUUUGGUUCUCCUUAAAGCUGCUUUGUCUUCGCUUCCAGUUUAUUUUCUUUCCUUUUUCAACGCUCCCGCAAGUAUUGUAUCUAUCAUCAAAUCUCUUUUUAAAUCUUUUUUGUGGGGUGGAGAUGAGGAGGCUCGUAAGGUAGGUAAUGGGGAGGACUCCUUAUUUUGGGAUGACCCUUGGUUGGAAGAAGGGGUAUCAUUGCGAGAUCAGUUUCCUAGUUUUGCAGCAUAUGCGCUCGACAGGUGGCAUUGGAUGUUUUUGCACUCGGAUGUUUUUACUGUUAAGGGUGCUUAUCAAUCUUUAACCUGUGCUUAG